AUGGGUGAAAAUAAUGAAAAGAAGAAAAUACGUGUUUGGUGUGAUGGGUGCUAUGACAUGGUACAUUUUGGUCAUGCUAAUUCUCUCCGCCAAGCUAAAGCUUUAGGAGACGUCUUGAUUGUGGGUGUUCACACUGAUGAAGAAAUAUCCAAACAUAAAGGCCCACCAGUGUUUACACAGGAAGAACGGUACAAAAUGGUUCGGGCAAUUAAAUGGGUUGAUCAAGUGGUGGAGGGUGCACCCUAUGUCACAACGCUAGAGACCUUAGAUAAAUACCAAUGUGACUUUUGUGUUCAUGGAGAUGAUAUUACAGUUACAGCCGAAGGCAUAGAUACAUAUCACUUAGUCAAAACUGCGGGUAAAUAUAGGGAAGUAUCAAGAACAGCUGGUGUUUCUACAACAGAUCUUGUUGGACGAAUGUUAUUACUUACAAGAGAACAUUUCAAGAGAGGUGACAAAGAGUACACGGUCGCACUAGAUCAUUCCUCGAAUCUCGGCACAGACAGCACAGCAAGGUCACCGUAUACAGGCUGUUCACAAUUCUUACCGACUACACAAAAAAUCAUACAAUUUAGCAGCGGGUUGUCACCUAAGCCAACUGACAAGGUGGUAUACGUAGCAGGUGCCUUCGAUCUAUUCCACGUGGGUCAUUUAGAUUUCUUAGAGGCGGCGCACGCGCAGGGUGACUUCCUGAUUGUCGGCCUUCACACUGACCUUGAGGUGAACCGCUACAAAGGAUCCAAUUAUCCCAUUAUGAAUCUCCACGAACGUGUCUUGUCUGUACUCGCCUGUAAGUAUGUCCAUGAGGUGGUUAUAGGCGCACCAUACAGUGUGACAGCCGAGCUCAUGGAACACUUCAACGUGGAUGUUGUAUGUCACGGCGCUACGCCUAUCGCAUUGGACGCGGACGGCUCAGAUCCCUAUACAGUGCCUAAACAGCGGGGGUGUUUCAAGAUUUUGAACUCUGGCAACACAAUGACAACAGAAGAUAUAGUGCAAAGAAUAAUUCGUCAUCGGCUUGAAUUUGAAGAAAGGAACACAAAAAAAGAGCAAAAAGAAAUGGCUGUACUAAAAGCAGCAGCAAAGAAACAACUAAAUGGCGACUGUAAGACAGCUAAAACAGUAGUAUAA